GGGCAAUAGUGGUGGCGGGGCUUGCAGCUUCGGUCCCCCAUCGUCCUUUCUUGCAGCACCUUGGAACGGUAGCAGAGGAAGGGCCGUGCUUGUGAGGGAAGGGAGGGGAGCAGUGCGUGUGCCUUUGUUGGACGCAGAGAGCCGAGGUGCUGAAGGGAGAUAGAGAAAGAGAGUAGUAUGCAUACAUUCAGAUCGGGAGUGGGGCAUCUCAGCAUCAGUUCAGUGCUGCGCUGUUUGUGCAAUUCUACAUGUAUCGAACUUGAUUCUGGACAGAAGAAUAUUUUUUUUUCUUUAUUUUUGGGAGUUCCGUCGUGGUCGAUCAUCCCGCGUGUGAGUUUGACUUCUUCAAUCCGAAAUCAUGCCAUUCGGUCUUGUAAUCUAGCGUUUGGACGUCUUAGGCAGGGUCCGGUGACACCGGAGCUUUGGCGUGAUCAUGUACAGUAUGAACUCGAGUUGAGAUAGAGGCGGAGAGUGUGGUGAGGCGAGAGCAGGUCGGGACUGGAAGUGUAGAGUUGUCGGGAGGUUGGGGGAGUGUCGAAGUUGUGCGGGGAGAGAAUAGAGCCAAGGGAGGAGCAAGUGCUCGUGUUUUUCUUCUUCGGAGGUGGAGAUCAGUGCAUGAAAUUGAGUCGAUUUGGCGCAGGGAUCAGAGGCUAUGAUUGCGGGCUUUCAGUGGUAAAGCACCAGGGCCGGGAAAGUUGGAGUCUUACGGAGAACCAUCAAUUUGGUAGUGGUGUAGGGGAGCGAGAAAGUGGAACAAUCCUCUCUCGCCGAUUCGUCAGAUUCUCGGCUACUUACAUGAGAGUGAUGUACUCUCUGCUAUCAGUCAUUGCUCCCUCCUGAGUCGGAAGAUCUAUUUCGUACGCGUAGGAAGGCAGGAGAAUUGGCUUAUAAAGUUCCCAGACGCGGACAGUCGGAACAUAUGUGGAGCUUGCGUCACUUGGGAAAGAAGUAGAAUCGCAGAUUUUCCCCACGCACUGUACAUUGAGAUAGGCUCAUAGGCUGUCUUGAUAAAGUGCUCUGUAAUGGUUGCUCUUCUUCCCUGGAGUGCACUCUCCGCUUAGGCUACCAGGGCAUAGUUUGAUGAACGUAGGUGAAGCGGCCGAAAGCGUGGAUGUAGCUGGAAAACAGGUUGACUGCUGGUUCUAUCUGAUGUGUUCACACAUAUGUGCUGUACUUCAUAGUCGAAGGCUGUAAUAAAUUUGGGGAAUUGGGAGCUCAUCCUUAAUUUAUACUCUUCUUCAAAGCAAGGGAUUGGCAGGAAGGAGACAAGGUUUGUGAUCUGUUGGAUCUUCGUUCGGACGAUGAAAACACUUCGUGACUCGAAGACUCAGACUUAUUGAUUACAAACUUUGUCGCACUGAAUUCUGCCGGGAGAUCGAAAGGAAGUUAUAAUGCGGAGAAUAUUUCCACUCAAGUCCACCAGUAACCAUGGUCAUUCUGGAGGAGAUUUCUCCGGGAAGGAAAGCCCCAGGCUGAAAUCACGAGACCCGCCUGAAGUUAUAAAGAGAACGGCGAUCAAAAGCAAGAAAAAUGAUCCAUCUACUUCAGAGGACACGAACUCGGCGGCAUUACGAAAUAAGCGAGAGCAUUGGUGCCCCUCCUGUCCAGCAGCCGAGAAUGGAGUGAGGUGCGAGACUCCACCUAGCGGAGAUGAAAACAUCGUGGCGAAGGAGGAGGAGAAGGGCGUGAUCAGUCCCAUGCGGGAGCACCUGCGGCAGUCGCAUCGAACGGCUUACGUGAGCGAUACGAGAGAGAGGGAAGCAGAUUUGGAUCUCGACGAGGCUUUGAAAAGUGUCGUUGCUGGUGCCAUGAGGAGUGCAGAUUGUCGCGUGGUUUCUGUCGACAAGUACACAAGCCGGAGAAGUGGGCUCGGAGCUGUGGACAACGUGGUUCACGACAGGCUUAACAAGCCUAAGGUCAAGAGUAAGAUUGCCCCGGGGCCCGUUAGGGCCAAUAGCGCCCCUAAAGUUCGACCACAAGCUCCAGGUACUGCACCAGAGGUUCCCCGCCUUCAUUCUAUGAGGAUUUUGAAGGUUCCUGACAGAGUAUUCGAUGCGCAAUCACCGAGGCUCUCAUAUUCACCGAGGCUCUCACCGAGGCUUUCCGAGGGGAGCUCGAGUAACGAUAGCGUCACACCUCGUUCGAGGCUUUCCUACGACAGAAGGUCUAGUUUGAAUGGCCUCACUCCCAGAUCUUCUCAUUCUCGAUCGUACGCGCUCGCGGAGGCACAACCUAAAUCGGGAUCAGACAAGCAGCCGGUCACACCCUCCCUUAACACGAGAAAGUCUUUUGACUCUCCGCGACCCCUACGGAAGGAAUCAGGCCCACUCCCCCCCGUGGAGGUCUCUGAGAAGGUCACAAAGUAUUCUGGUGCUCGGAUAGUUGCCGAGCGACUCGCCAAAGCCUUCAGGGGCACGAGUAAGGCUUCCAUCAAGGAGGGCAAGACUUUGAUGGAUGCCGAUCGCGCAGGGGGUAGCAAAUCUUCUCUUGGUCAUCCCAGGAGGAUGUUUGUGGAGCACUCGGACGCGAGCUACGAUGGUAGUUGCAGUGAUAACUCCACGCAAGCUGAGGAGAAUGUGUCGCUGUUGAAUUUGCUGCCUCACGUAAGGGCAGGGGAACUUCAGCCUGUGAACAUUCGCAAGGAAGGGAGCGUCCUCUCUUGGCAAGAGUUCGUCACAGAGGGCAAAUCCCUGCAGUCACGUUCCAGCGAUGGCAAUGGUAACCCAGUGCCAGAGAGAACUUUGGAGACCCAUGGGUCCACUAGCGCCGAGGCAGGGACGCCCACUUCCGGAGGCAGGCGCAUGCCUUCACCCGCUGAUAGGCAAUCAAGGACUCAUGGUGCAUCAUCAACGCACCAAGAGGAUAGGGAGAAGGAAAUUUUGAAGACCUGGUUGGAAGGGCUCAAGCGCCAAAGCGAAGGUCUGAACGAUGAUUUGGAAGUGAAGGCGCGGCAAGCAGAGGAGCGCGUCUCGAAGCUCAGCGGUGAGCAGUCCCUCUUGGACGACCAGCGGGAUUUCCUGCAUGAGCUUCAAGGCAAGGACGACACCGGUCGCAGCAGUAUGGCCACUGGUAUUAGCCUGAUGCAACAGAGAAUCAGGAAAAUGCACGACGACAAGAAGCGUUUAGCUCUUGAAGUUGCCGCUGAGGUGAAGAGAAGAAUAACGGAACGCGCCGCAGCGAAGGAGGUCCUGGUUAUGAUGAAGCGAGAAAUGGAGGCCUGUGUGAGAGUUAUGGAGAAGGAGAAAUUGGACCUUCAAGAUGGUUUUGAUCGUGAGUUGGAAAGGAGGGAAAAUGAUUGGUAUGCCAAAUUCGAGAAAAGCCGGUCUGAGGAGAAGUGGUUGCGGGAAAGAGUGCGUAGGCUUGAAGAGGAGAAGGUUGGUCUGCAGAGCGAGCUAGCAGGAGUAGCGUCCAAGGAGAGCGGCCUGCGAGAGAAGGUUAGGGAUUUCGAGCUGCAAAUGGAUGGACACCGGAAAAGAGUGGAAGGGGCAGAGAAGACCAUUCUGGAUUUGAGGCAUUCGUUAGCGAAUAGCAUUCAACAGGCUAGGCAGGCAGAGAAUGAAGUAGAGAUGGUGAAGAAGGCUUAUCUGGAGACAGAGAGGGAGAGCCAAAAGCUCAGCGAGCAAGUCGAGAGACUACAAAAGCUUUGUAAAGAUCACGAAAGCAGCAUUCAGGGACUCCAGUUAGGCCUAAAAAACGGCUACCGAAACGGCUCCGAACAGAAAGACGGGACCUUAAUGGUCGUGAGGAAGGAGUUAGUACGGUUGAGCGAAAUCGAGAAGUCAUUACGCUCGGAGUUGGAGUCUUUGAGAGUUGAGGCUAUCAACUUGAGAACCGACAACAGAGCGCUGACAAUGCAGCUGGGAAGCCUAGAAGAUCAAAGAACAACCGGAAGUACUUAUCAGGAUCUGAAAGCUGAGGUUGCAAGCCUCCAACUGAGAACUACGGAACUACAAGACGAGAAUAAUUCCCUGUCAUUCAAUUUAAAACAAACCCUCAUUGAAAGGGACGGCGCGAAGGAAGCUCUGAAUACACUGGAACUGAGUCUGUCCGGCAUCGAGAAGGAGAAUAUAACCCUCCAGGAGGAGAUCUCACGGGAGAAAAACAAGAUUCAGGAGAGGGAGAGGGAGAUUCAACGACUUGAGAGGAGAGUGGACGGUUUGCUGAAAAACAACCAAAUGCUUCAAAAUAUUCUAGCAAUGAGAGAAAAGGCUGCCCAGGUGUGUGAUGAAGAGGCCAAGGAGAAGGAGAAGGUUGUGAAAGAGGCCCAACAGAUGGAGUUGGAGAUGCGCGAGAGCUUGCAGGUCUCUGCGAGGCAGUUGUGUUACAUGAAUGAAAGAGCGGAGCUCAUGAACGACAAGCUGCAGGAGAAGGAUACACAGUUGUCCUCACUGAAAAGUGAAUGCGCCAAGAAGGAUGAGGUUGUUCGUGGUCUCGAGCAGAGUCUUGGAGAUUUGGCCAAGAGUCUGGAUGCACAAAAUAGGCGCAUCAUGCAGCUUACGAGUAGAAACGAGGAGCUUUUUAGACUGUAUCACGCCAAAAGCAAGGAAGUUGAAGACUUGCACUCCAAGAUGAUCGAAGAUACUGACAGCAAACGACUCAGUUGCCAGGAAAUCGAUCAGAUGGCAGGACGGGCCAAAGACGUCAAGCAAGAGCUUGAAGCGCAGAAUAUGCUUUGUAAACUCCUAAAAGAAAAGCUUGUUCAAAGGGAGGAUGAUUUGAAGAAUCAGAGCGAAGAAGUGGCAUCUCUUGUACAAAGUCGUGAUUGGUUGCAGAUAGAAUUGAGCAGAGUACAAAGUGCACUUGCAGACGCUUCUCACCGGCUUGCUGGCUUAGAAAGAUCUCUUGCACAAAAGGAGGAUCUCUUGUCUUCUUUGCAGUGUGAGAAGAAGGAUCACUUGAAAGAGCUUGCGAAAUUAAGGCAAGAACUGCCUCGCGCAGAACGUGAUAGAGACCAGAUUCAAGAAGAGGCCGAGGAGAUCGGGCGAGAGGCCUUGCGUUUAAGUGCUGAAGUGGAAGUUUUGAGAAGAAAAGUAGCUCAACUAGAAGAGGAUGUGAUGGUCAAAGAAGGCCAAAUAUCUAUUCUUCGAGGGAGCUUCGGCCAAAGCGAAUGAUAUGAAAAUCUGCUGUCUUGGACAAGCCUUGUGCACCUGUAUCAUAUUACCUGCUAGUAGCUUCUCUACACGUGAGAGAAGUUGUAAGCUUGAGGACCCUUGUGAGUCUGCACUUGGUAUUGUCCGAAGACUAUCUCAGCACCACAUCGGCGCUCUUUCAAAGUUGAGAACACUUCAGGUUACUUCUCCAAAUCCUCAUUGUUCCUGGAUUACAGACGUUGCUGAGACCCACAGAUUUAGGUAGGGAUUAGCUGUGAUAUCAGCGAAUGGCUGUCUUCCCAGAAAAGAUCUCAGUACAUUUAAUUCCCACAUUCGAAUAACAACACUGAUUAGAGGUGUUUUGUAGCGACCCUUUGUAUUGGGAUUGUACAGCACACAUAUACCUGUACUCUUUUACUCGUUUUGAGUCCAUUUAUCCCGGUAGCUUGCAGAGACCAAGUAGCAGAGAUGAACUAGUGGAGACCUUCUAAGUUUUGAAACUUUAGAUGAGCGUCAAAAGUCUGCCCUUCUCCAGUCGAGCUGCUAAGUUUUUGAUCCAACAGAAGGUGUUCUUAUCCUCAACGCAUAUCAAACAACGCCCUCUCUCAAGUGUACUACAUUGGAGCGUAUGGGCGUUUACGACCUAUUGAGCUCUCUCACUCCUCCGGGCACUACCGAUUGUGAAUAAAUAUUUUUGAUCAUUCUCUUUCUGUUGCUCGUGAGGAUACCAGUUUGACUACAGAUGUUUUCCCAACAUACUGAACUAAGUGUGCUGGACGAUCAACUUUCAAGUGGCAUCUCAUAUCUCUAACAAGGUGACUCGCCGCUGAUCGAUGAUCAAGGUAGGAAUCGAAACGACACGGAGACUGAUCAGUUCAGUACCCUAGAUGUAUUGUUCAAGUCUGCCCUUGCUCAAAUGGUUCAGUACCCUAGAUGCGGCCGAGAAUAAAAGAAACGCAGUAGGGUCUGGCGAGAACCUGAUUGAGAGGAAUUAUUUCGGAAUUGGCGGAAUUAAUGUGGUGUUGGACAGGCGUCUUAGGGUAGGGGCUUCAAUUGUGCUCAUGGGAUUAUGCUCAUGCUCUGUUUUGUUACCGAAUCGAGACUAUGGACCUGCUUUAUGCUUCGAUGCCCUUUGCGUCGUCCACGACGUCCUCGUCCUUUUUCAGCCGCUACUCGGCGCUUGUUAGUGAAUUGGAGACCGCCGAAGGAGAGCGAGCUUUUGUUUUGUAUCAGGAAUUGAUCCCCUUGUGUGCAGCGUGGCAAGAAGCCUUGUCCAGAGAUAUUGACCGACAAGAUGAGGAAUCGGCCGCGUUUCUUGAGAACAUCAGCUUUGAUGAUUGUGAAGCAUCGUCGGUGUUCGUGGAAAGGUACAGGGAGACGGUAGAGAGGCUGAGAAGUUCAGUAGAAAGAUUGAAAGCUGCCAUCGUCAGCACCUCGGAAAUGGCCGUUGCAGCUCAACGGGAAAUACUGUCCGGAAUGCGGGCAGGGGCGCCAGCAGCAUGAUGCGAAGCUGUAAACAAGACCAAUUAACAUCCAAUCGGGAAGAUUUGAGGAAAUUUCUCGCCUUCGUGUUCAGAUAUGGGAAGAUAAUGUUUUGAAGCAUUGUUGACGAUAUCCACUCCUUCGUGUAUGCGACACAAAUGAGGUAAGUGGAAAGACGCGACUCUAGAUUGAGCUUGGACUCUAAUUAUAUCUAUAUCCAAUUUCAUGGUCUUCAUUGUUUUCACUUGAGGCAAAAUUUGUCUCUAGUUUUCGCGGUGCGCAAGCCUGUGGAAGCCUAUGAACAAUGAAUGCUUUGUGCUGUUUUUCUGGAGUAUCCAUUUCUCCAACUCUAGACGGUCUAUAUCCAGGCAUUCAGGCGGAGCGAGAAAGGAGGUGAAUAAGUAGUGCACUGGACCGGUGAAUCUUACAGAUCUUUUACAGGGUGACUCGCCGCCGAUCUAUUUUCAAGGUUGGAUUAGAUACGGCACGGCGACUGAUCAUUUCAGCACCCUAGAUGUAUACUUCCAGUUUGCACUUGCUCCAAAUGGUUCGAAAAUUGAUUGGGGCAAGUGAAGGUAAGUCUCGCUUCUUAUGAGUUCGGAAGAUUUGCAUCUCGUUUUGCGCAGAUGAUAGAUGGCUAUUUCCGACGUUUCAAACUAACUGCGGUGGAUGAUCUGCUUUCAAGUUGCGGUUGGGUGUACGCCGACGGGGUGAUUGCAGGGCUAGACUCAACAUUGUUGGAAUCUUUGCAAAGAGUAGUUCGUGUCAAACAUUGAUUCAGAACUUGGAUGGUCGUUCUCAAUAGUUCGGUUGCCAUACGACAGCAAAUAAAUCAAGCCAAAAUUCGAGGUGACGCUGAGUGGUGAGUUGCGUAGUGUACUGCAGGAAGUAGCGGUCUUGUGCUGAAGGAAACGUGCAAUCGCAAAAAAUAAGUAGACAAGUGGGUUAUUUCAUUUCGAUGGAACGCCGUGCCUCGUCUUUGGUCUAGAAGCUUAACAAGCAAGAUCAUUUCGCUAUCUUUGUUGUGUAGGAUGAUUACUUCCCGUAUCCUAAGACAAGUAAUCAAAACAUUAGACCUCUGUGAUAUUUCGCAUAAAUUGAAUGCGAAGUACACGCUUUGAAGAUUGCUUUGCUUGCAUGUCCUGUAUGCUGAAACAUAGCGAAGAUCGCUUUGAGAACCUUGGGUUCAGGUACAUGGAAUUGUUCGGUGUGCAGUCUUGAUCAGUCGAAUGUACUGUCCAAGAUCUUCCAAUGUUUAAACUAGGCGUGACGCAAACGUAGAUGACGUUGCUCAACGUCCACGUGAGGAUCUGAUUUCUCGUGCUAUUCAGAUGGCAGUUACCUGUUUCCUGGAGGACCGGGGUUCAUGUUCUUCUCUGAUUGUCCAGCUCGUACUAAUUCAGAAUAUGCUCGCGAGCUAAAUCAUGUCACCUCUAUAUUUCUCAUAAAGAUUUUCACCACAUUGACCGGUCUGCUGACAAGACGAAGACUAACACUUAGGACGUUCCUUAGGUACUGGGCAUUCCUCCCUUUUCUGAGGAAGGGAGUACGCGAUGGACGUCCAACAAUAGGCCGGGGGUGAUCCGCCACGUGGCAUUUGCGACCUUUUCCUUGUGGACAUCAUUCUGUACAGAUGUAUACAUUCGUUCACGGACGUAUGUACUUACACACGUCUCGAACUGCGAGAACGCUUACCAUCCACCAGAUUGAAGACGGCGUCGGAUGUUUGAAUAAUUGUGAUUUUGGAUAUUUUCCGUGCGCGGGAAGUCCGCGAGAUGGGUCCCCCUGUUUCCUGCUGUCGUACCGUCGCCGAUAAGCGGCGUGCAAUCGCCUGGUAGGCAAGAUUUGAAAACAGGUAGUGAACUUCGAAACUACCGCCGGCGCCUAUUUUUCUCUACUUUCUCUCCAUCCUCUACCUAAAUAUCCAGCGCGCGGCCGAAUUUUGCCUUCUUUGGUGGCGAAAGUGCACAAACCCCUUCGCAAGGCCCUGUGGUUGAAUACUGUACAAGGUCUUUCUUUUGGAACGGCUAUGAGUUCAAAUUUUGAAUAGCUCGAGGGCGGAGCCCGGGUUUGAUCUUGAUGUUCCUUCAAACGACUUUUGCGCCAUCGCCUUGACUGGGCAGCCCAACCGACAUAUGAACGUUUUCCUGUCCACAGACACAGCUGAAUUCCGACGCUCACGACUGGUCAAACACCCGACCGUCCUUCCUAUGGCUGUUUUACAGUACCGGUUUUAGUAGCUGCACUGUAGCUCUGGGUUCUAAUCCACCGUCUGUUUAGCAAACACGCACGGCCUACCUAGCCUACCUAGUUGGCUGAUUUGAUGGUUGUACUCGAUUCGGGUAGUUCCGAAUCAUUCACUGCCGCCCAGAAUAUUACCGGUAGUUCUCAUCACAGUUAUGACGUUCACAUCCUUACGAUGUAUGGUGGGAUGUAGCUGGAGUGUUUUAGGCCCCCCUAAAGCUACAUAUAAGCCGCUGACAAGCACUGACACGGUAGACUACUGUAACUCUCGUUUGCAGUGGAUGCGAGAAAGUGCCCGUAGGUGAUUUUCUUGUCCUUCUCCUGCUUUCCAGGGUCAUAUUCUUCGACCUGGUCGAAAGCUGAGGCCUGUGAGUACGCCCAAAUUGCGUUUGCUUUGCCAAAAGAGCCGUACUGCAGCAUCCCGUUUGUUUUGCGUGCGCGAGGACUUGACUGCCGUUGCUGGAUGUUUCCGAUGCAGAGCGUACUCGUACUGUUCAAGGCUUCUCCUUCGCCUAAGUUGUGAUAGAUGAGGGAUCGUGGCAGAUGAGCUCAGAGUUGGUGAAAUUCUAUUGUUGUUUGAAGUGGGCGAUUAUUUUGUUUGACCGCUAAUCAGAGUCGAAUCAGAGUUGGUUUUACUCGUUUACGCUUUCAUCCUAGUUCUGUAUGAGUACGAUUACUGUUUGUUAGGGGUCAAGGAAUCUGGGAAUGUACUAAUUCAAAAGCUUCAAUUGAGAUGCAAUUGGGGCUUAAACCCAUCUUACCCCCUUUGCUUUCAUCCUUGUGACUUGAUAGGGUCUUCCCGUCCUUUCUGCUAUGUUCGUCGCUCUUUGCUUUUGUCUUCAUUCCAUCGAUGGAGACAUACGUCUUCAUCGAUAACUUUAGUUAUUUCAGGGUCGAUUUUUCAGGACAGUUACAACUGUUAAACUUCUUGUCUGAAGACUCUACGUACAUAGUUCUAUAUUAACAAUGCAAGAUUAGUUUAUGUCUGGAUGGCAGAGUGAUGAUUGUCUCAUGGCGAUCCAAACGAAUAGUUCUCGUAAUAUCGAGUCUAACUGACCCUUUGAUUUACGAACGCUGACCACCAUUCCAGCUCUUUGAACUACUGGCUUUCCCCACUAAAGCAACGGAGAAAAACAUAUAAUUGACAAUCAAGUCUUUUUCAAACAUUUGCACGUCGAAGAAUUUUUUUCUGAGCCUGCCCUGCUUGUAGUGGAAAUGGAGAACACAUGGAAGUUCCUACACGAGAAUGGAAUUGUGUCGGUAUACCGACAAAGUUACAACUACAAGAAGCAAGUUGGACCGACAGCUCCGAAUGACAGUGGUGUACAUGGUGGUCUCAAAGUGCACUUUUUCUUCUCAUGUCCAGAAUUCGUCAGUCCUUACUAGCAAGUGACUCUUUUUGUCGAUAAGGGAAGUCAGGUAAAGUCUUGGUUUUUUCUGUAAAGAUUCGAUUUCCGAGGUUGUCAGACGCCCUUUAUUUACCAAAAAGGUCAGCUACAACAGCAACCUGUAGUUCCCUGUAGAUUCGACCUGUUUCUGUCCUUCAGAUAAAAUGCAGUCGAGGGGAGACUAUCACCUCGCAAUUUCUUUCUGGAAAUUUCCCUUCAACAGAUUCUGUCACGUUUGAUGAUUUUUGAAAUGUCACUGACUUGCAAGUCAGAAUAGACAUGAACGCUGGGAACUCAAACUCGCUUUAUGGCACGUUUGAUGAUUUUUGAAAUCUGACUGACUUGCAAGUCAAAAUAGACAUUAACGCUGGGAACUCAAACUCGCUUUAGGGCAUGCAUCUAUGUAGUAAUAUGGACAAACUGUGAAGCAAUCUUGGAUUAAAAAACACCAACCCCACCAACCCCAUCUCUACAUUAGCCAAAGCCCAGUUUCUAUCAUGCACUAAAGAAAUUUUAGCUGAACUCCUUUGGACCUCGAGAGGGAGAACCUCGUGCCACAUAUAGUAACUAGUUUGGUGAAAUCGUUCGCGUUUCUGUUUUAUGCAUCGUAAGUACUAUUGCCCCAAUAAGUGCUACUAAUAAAAUUAGAGUAGAAACCAAAAACAAGAAAAAUAAGAAGAACUUGUAAGGUUUUAUGGUGUCGCUCGUUUAUGCGAGGAACUUGGUCAACGAUUUCCUUGUCUGGUUUUGACAAAUUACUUUACCCUGCUUAUUAUUACUUUCAUUUCAAAUCGUAAGACCUUCUCACGCUAAUGUCAGGAUUGUGUGGAGCAAAAGAGUGGUUGUUCAUGGUAACAUUUUUGUUAUGUCCAUUCAUUUUAAUGGUCGAAAGAAACUAGAUCUUGCUUGAAAACAACUUGCUAUUGAUUUGAACACUUUACAUGUGGGUUCCGUUGCUUUCUUGGCGGUAUUAACUUGUUACUUCAAUUUAGAAGCUCUAUGGGCUUGAUUCAGAUAGCAGGAUUGUCGCCUAGAAGAGAUCUUAGGUAGUAAUCAGUCGUAUGGCUUACUUGCUCACAGUAUUCAUUGCUGGUUGCCUUCCAGGGCUAUCUAGGUCAGAUGAAAGUACUUUUCCCAUCAGAAAGCACUGCAUUUCACGCUGUGAAAUGUAGUGCCAUAUUUCUUGUUGCACGUUUAUCUUGUGUCAUCGAUAUACCAAUGUAAGGAAGUAAACAAGAAGACUGGCUACUUCACUGCGAAGAGCGUCUCUAUUACCAGAUUCCUUCAGUGAAGGUGCUUUAUGUUAGUUUCAGGGUAAUCAGAGACGCAGCAUUCAUCGAACUUCCCUUUGAUUGGGUGAAAAGACGAGUUGGAUAAGAUUCUUAGAUCAUUGGACGUCCUUAUCGAAGUUUUAACAAAUGCGCAGGUUCCGACUGUAGUAUUCCGUCUGAUUUGUGACUUCCCAUCAACUUUGAUGCUUUGUGGACUGAUCAUUUAUGGAGUAGAAAUUCAAGUUCAUUACUUAAAAAAGCAGUGAUUUAUAAAACUUAGAUGACAAACUUUUCUUACUGAAUUCAUUUUGAAGUGCAUUAUGUGAAUGUGCCAAGUUCUCUCGUAUGAUAGAAAAAGAGAGUUUGUUGAUGAAUAAAUCUGAAUACCACCAUUAGGGUUUCUUCUACUGUUCCAUCGCGGGUUUGGGUCCAGGUCGUCAGUUUUUCUUUCCUUCGAGCUAUUGAUUGACACUUUAUCUUUUAGGGACUCGAUCCAUAUUGGACAACAAUGCAUCAGUGCUGAGUGUAGUGUUCUGCCUGGAUGAGUAGAGUUUCUCUAGCGUCCAUGCACGCAACAUUAGAUUGCUUUCAACCAUUACAACAGUUCAGAGUCUAAUGCAUGUCCUCAAGGGCUAUCGCCAUAUGGAAAAUGGACUUCGGGCACAUGACAGGGACUGAUGUUGCAAAUGAGACACAUAAUACCUUUACGUUAGAGGUCAAAAGUACGCGAAAGAUUUGGCUCUGUGAAGCCUUGGAUUCUCUCAAUAUGAUCACCCUGCGAAAUAUAUCUAUCAUCAGUCAGAUUCAAUUUACAAAACGUUUGAUUUGUGGCCAUAGAUGUUACAUGAGGCAGUCGAAUGUUUAUUUCAAUACUGAAAACUCUCUCGACUUUUUUUGGAUCUCUGCUAAUAUCAGCAUUGGCGACGGAAUCUUCGCCAACUGCCAUUAACAGUAUCCCGUUCUCCCAAAGGGAUUUGCGUGGCCGCCUACUUGAAGGUGAGAAAAUCCUUUUGGCAGUCAUUGGCACUGCUGAGUGCACCAUCGGAGCCUAAUGGAUCUACGACAAUGAACAGUCCACUGCAAGUCGUAAGGUGUGACUACCAACAGGCUGAGUCACAUGAUAUUCGUAUCUCCUUUCGAUGCAGAUGGCUGGAGGAGGAACUUGAUCACUUGGCUUGACAAUGGCAAUCAACCCAAGAAUUUUAGGUCUGGUAGAAAGCUUGCGGCACGCAUACUACGAAUGACCAGGUUGGAGGUCGAGAAAAAAUAUAGAUGCUACUUCAUACUUUGGUCUUUCAAGUGUCCAGCAGGAAGUUUCAUCAGGGAGAUUGGGACGCAGCAGAUAAUCGCCGACACAUCCUGCUUUUCAAUAGCCUUUUAGUCGACACCAUGGGCGAUGGAAGCAGAUGACAUUGCCAGUAUCAUCAUUGUAUACAAGUGAGAGCAUUGAGAGUGUCCUUAAUCUUCUAAAUUGAAGGUAGCUGGUGUUGAUGAGGUGGAGAUAGGAAGGGAGUGCAAUAUUUAUUUAUAGAAAUUACCACUCGGUCCCUUUAGAGAGCAAGAGAUACGGGUGUUGCAACAUGUAGUUGCAAAAAUUGGCUUCUGUUACAAAUCUUGAAGAUGAUAUGGCGUGUUAUAUCCAUCCACAUCCAUUUGAUCCAUAACAAGGUUGAAUAUCGCGACUAGUGCACAACCAGACAAAUUGUAACAUAUUUCAUUAUAAGUGAG